UUCAUAUAAAUAAAACCGCCGUCGAACCUAAUUUCUUGUUCGCCUCUGCAGAAGCUCCAGCUCUCUAUCCGCAGGCGCCGGCGGCAAUCUCACUGAAGGGUUUUUCUCCGUCGAACAUCGUUUCGACAAUAUGGCAAGAGGAUUGAAGAAACAUUUGAAGAGGCUCAAUGCUCCAAAGCAUUGGAUGCUCGACAAACUUGGUGGUGCAUUUGCCCCCAAACCUUCAUCAGGACCUCAUAAAUCAAGGGAAUGUCUCCCACUUGUCCUCAUAUUGCGAAACCGAUUGAAAUAUGCUCUCACAUACCGUGAGGUAAUUUCAAUUUUGAUGCAACGACAUAUUUUAGUUGAUGGGAAGGUGAGGACUGACAAGACGUAUCCGGCUGGCUUUAUGGAUGUUGUGUCCAUCCCCAAGACAAAUGAGAAUUUCCGGCUUCUGUAUGACACUAAAGGGCGUUUCCGCCUUCACUCUGUCAGGGAUGAAGAGGCUAAGUUCAAGCUCUGUAAGGUUCGCUCUGUGCAGUUUGGGCAGAAGGGAAUUCCUUAUCUGAACACGUACGAUGGGCGUACCAUCCGUUAUCCCGACCCCCUGAUCAAGGCAAAUGACACCAUCAAGUUGGAUCUUGAGUCGAACAAGAUUGCUGAUUUCAUAAAGUUUGAUGUAGGAAAUGUUGUCAUGGUGACUGGUGGACGAAACAGAGGUCGAGUGGGAGUACUUAAAAACAGAGAGAAGCACAAGGGAAGCUUCGAGACAGUCCAUAUUCAGGAUGCAACUGGGCACGAAUUUGCGACUCGUCUAGGCAACGUGUUCACACUUGGGAAGGGAACCAAGCCAUGGGUUUCCCUCCCCAAGGGCAAGGGUAUAAAACUGUCCAUCAUUGAAGAAGCUAGGAAGAGGCUUGCAAGCCAGGCAGCAGUUACUGCUUAAGAGUUUUUGUUGUUGUAGUCAUGGAUUUUCAAUGGUUUUGAUUUGGCACAUCUGUUUCUUGAAUUUUGCUUUCUUAACUAUUUAUGGGUAAGUUGAGAUCUUUUGAGACAAUUUGGCACAUCUAUCAUGAUUUUGUGGUUCAAAAA